CUUGUCUUCCCUUUUUGGCAUUCAUCUCAUGACAGGCAUGGACACGUCUCGAGAGGCUUGCUACAGACUGGAAACUGCACCUAUCCAUUCUCUACGGUCUAUAUGAACGUGCCAGUACAUCUGCCAUGAUGCUCUUUCGUUCAGUUCCCUACUCGCUCACAUUCUACGACCAACCAUGUUCAGAACUAACGAUCUCGCAGUCCUGGGUCAGGAUCCCUUGAUCCCGCCCGCUCUCCUGAUGUCUGAGAUCCCCAUGACAGAGGCCUCCCUGCAGACAGUAGUAAAGGGCCGUCGUGAGGCCGCGUCCAUCGUCAUGGGCAGCGAUGACCGUCUGCUUGUCGUCGUGGGACCGUGCUCCAUCCACGACCCGGCCAUGGCUCACGAGUACUGCGCCCUUCUCAAGGCUCUCUCCGAGAAGCUCAAGGGCGACCUCUGCAUCGUCAUGCGCGCCUACCUGGAGAAGCCCCGCACCACCGUCGGCUGGAAGGGUCUGAUCAACGACCCUGAUAUCGACGAGAGCUUCAAGAUCAACAAGGGUCUGCGGAUAUCGCGCCAGAUGUUCUGCGAUCUCACCGCCAGCGGCAUGCCCAUCGCCAGCGAGAUGCUGGACACCAUCUCGCCGCAGUUCCUCGCGGAUCUGAUCUCUGUGGGCGCCAUCGGAGCCCGGACCACCGAGUCACAACUGCACCGUGAGCUGGCCUCUGGUCUCUCUUUCCCCAUCGGCUUCAAGAACGGCACGGACGGCAGCUUGGGCGUGGCCAUCGACGCUAUUGGCGCCGCGGCCGCCAAGCACCACUUCAUGGGUGUGACCAAGGAGGGCUUGGCCGCCAUCACGCGCACCAAGGGUAACGAGCACGGCUUCGUCAUCCUCCGCGGCGGUACCAAGGGCACCAACUUCGAUGCGGAGAGCGUCAAGCUGGCCAGGGAGACGCUGACCAAGAAGGGUCAGAAGCAGGCCAUCAUGAUUGACUGCUCGCAUGGCAACUCGAACAAGGACCACCGCAACCAGCCCAAGGUGGCCAAGGUGAUUGGCGACCAGCUCCGCGAGGGAGAGACGUCCAUCAUCGGUGUCAUGAUCGAGUCGAACAUCAACGAGGGCAACCAGAAGGUACCGGCCGAGGGCCCCUCUGGUCUCAAGAAGGGUGUCAGCAUCACAGAUGCCUGCAUCGCCUGGGACGAGACGGUGACGGUGUUGGAGGACCUCGCGGCCGCCGUCCGGGCGCGCAGAGAGAAGAUCGGGGCCAAGAACGGCCACGCCAACGGUAAUGGUAGCUCGUAGGCCACCGUUUUCAGAGGGAGAGAACUGCGGCUGAGACUUUCUUUUUCGCUGUGUUUCUCCUGCAGGUGAUUGUACGAGAGAUCCGAAAAGGAAAAAAGGGGCGAGGACGAAGUCUCGGGACAAAAGUGAUGAAUUUUCUUGAUGAAAUGGGAUGUAUAGGCAGGGGCGAAAUACAUGGCGUUCAUGCUUUAUUCGCACAUAACAUUAAAUGGCAUGCGGA